AUGCACCUACUGUCGUCUGCACCGUCCAGCCCGGGGGAUGUGUUGGUGAUACCCGAUGAUGAUGUGAAACAGUCUGAGGGUGUCGAAGGGGGGCUUCAUCAACCCAUCAUACUGAUUUCUUUGGGCACUGGCGUCAGCCCUCCGUCUUCGAGGGGUAGCCCUGAGCGGUUGUUCCACGGGCCCUCUGUGGUGGGUGCGUUGCGCAACGCGCCUGUGUUUGUUCCUGGGUGGAGCUUACGUUUUGAUUGUCGUUUGUCUGUUCGUUCCGUUGCUUGGGACUUUCUGGUCAUGCUCUUCCUCCUACCACCGUGGAUAAUAUGGAUUCGAUGA